AUGUCGAGCUUCCAAGCAGUCAACACCACCCUGGACGUACCUGAACCGCCGCCAGCGCGCUCUGGCGCAGAGAGCACACCCACGACUCCACGACCAGAUGCUCGAUUCCAGAAGGAUGCACGGGGUGGCGAGGAUGUCAAGACAGAAGACCCCUUGCUGAAGACGCCGACGCGCAACAGCUUCAUUGGUAUCGCCGGCCAACGACCGCUACCUUCCUCGCCCUUCGGACCCACUCGCGAAUUUAGUGAGACUCCUUCCACAAAGAGCAACCUAAGCAGAGGGCAGUCACAUAUCUCGACACAAUCAGUAGACACAACAGAAGACGUACACAUGGGCGAGGGCGACGAGGACGACGACAAAGACUCGGACAACGAAAGUGCGACCAGUGAGAGUGGCCGGCCGUCAAAGAAAAAGAAAGGGCAACGGUUCUUUUGCACCGAGUUUCCUCCGUGCAACUUAAGCUUCACAAGAAGUGAGCAUCUUGCUAGGCACAUUCGUAAGCACACGGGUGAACGACCGUUCCAAUGCCAUUGCUCUCGCCGCUUUUCACGACUUGACAACCUUCGACAACACGCCCAGACGGUCCAUGUAAAUGAGGACAUCCCAGCGGAGUCGCUCGCAGCGACUGGCACGAGGUUUCAAAGACAGAUCAGGACGGACCGAGUCAGGCCUCCUGGACCGCGCUCGCGAGCAAACACACUUGGAAGUAUGGGUGGUCACAGCAGAGGUCACAGUAGGAACCUGUCGACCUCGAGCAUAACGUCGACUAUUUCGGCCAUGAGUGUUGCACAGUCUCCAGACUCUCGACGUCGACCUCCUCCCCUUGCUAUGGCCAGCGAUGAUUCUGCAAGAGUACGGCUGUCGCUUCAAACUAUGGAAGCUUACAAUCCACCACUAAUGGGCAGCCCUGGUCCACAAAUCCUCGAGUACGACUCUCCAUCAAACGCUCCGACAACACCUACCUCUACGACCUACUCCGGAGUUGCCGGCAGCCCUGCACAGUUUGGUUCCGCUAUGCAAUCACCUGCUUCCACGUCUUCUAGACCGGUCUCAUGGGCUGGUCCGCCACCUGGCCGUCGCUUGUCCAAUAGUAAUCCUUUCUCUGGACCACCCGGAAAAAUCCCCCCUUCGUAUAUGUCUCCGCUGCAAUCGUCAGCUGCAUCCACGUUCUCGGCACAAAGUAGUGUCUACGCCAGCCCAGUGGUUUCUAACUUUGCAGGACAACGAAGAGACUCGAACACAGAUGCAGACUGGAGGAGGCGAACCUGGCACCCGGGAACAUACACUGGUCCUCGACCAGCAACUAGCGGUCUUGGCUACCACCAGACACCUGAUGCUGAUCGACCUUCGUACACGUCGCAGCCAGCCGCAUCGCAGACUCGACUUCCUGGUAUUGAAAGUUUCGACUAUGCACCUCCGCCACCGGCUCUGUCACGCCCCCCACCUGGACCAACGCCUAGCGAUGCACCGCAGCGCCCUCUCACUUACCACGCACCAAUCGAACCUCUACCAGGUGUCGGCCAUAGGAAACGUAUGAGUGUGUCUUGGGAGGAUACUAUGCAAAGGGGCAUCAACCGCCUAGACAUUACUGGAUCAGCAUCCCCACGCGAGUCCUGGUUGCAGUACCCUCCUAAUGGACAACCGGCCACCACACGUCCCAUGACCGCGCCUCAUGGCUACUUCAGUCACCAGCAGCUACAGCACGUCUCGCAGCCAUUGCAAACCCACCCCCAUGAUGCCAAUCGUGGUUCUCAGGAACUGCCUGCUACACCUCGCAAGAACAAGAGGCAGGCAUGGUACAAUGGGCCCGUCAGCCAGCCAGUCAGUCAGCCGAUUCGAGCCAUGCAGCGCACUUCUCCGGAGGACUCGAGUAGCAGCGAAGGUGUUCCUACCCCUGGAAAUACGACCAUGAGCGAGUACCAUCCGGCGAUUGUGCACAGCAAUGGAUUUGUUGAAGCCCACCCAUCUGGAGCACAUGUGGAGGAAUAUAAAUCGGCAGCCUCAAUCAUGGACAGACCGCAUCCUCUCCACAGUGGUGGCUAUCAAUCUUACCAUAGACACACUCUUUCCAACUCCAGCUCUAGCUCGACCUAUCGACCGCAGCGCGAGCCCGAGAGAGGUCCUGCUCCAUUCGGCCAGCCAUUACCCUCUCAAGGCGCCGACGAUAUGAGACGACUCGACGCCCUUGUGGCAGUGGCCACUGGUGAACAUCAUGCUGUCGACAACCUAUCCUAA